AUGGUACAGCUUGAAGCGAAAAUAAUGAACUCAGAGGUUCACGGAAAGAGUGAUGUUGAAUCAAAAUUGUUGGCAGAGGCCAAUAUUAAACCGUCGCCAUUCGAAGAGAAGGCACCGAAGAGGUUAAAGAAUGUGGAGGAUAGUGGCAAUAAAACAGAAAUCAAUGCAAUUCUACGCGAUAUGGCCAUAACCGGGGAUGUGCGUUGUGGUUUUUGGAUAUUUAAAGGUUCAUGUGUUCAAAGGCUGGCCAAUCAAUCCACCUAUGUGCUGCUCUAUGGCUUAGUGGGCUGUGUAUUUUCCAUGACUUAUGCCUACUUUAAUGGCACACUGACCACGCUCGAAAAGCGCUUUAAGAUACCAUCGAAAAAUACUGGCAUAAUAGCGAUUGGCAAUAAUAUUAGUCAAAUGGUUGUUUCGGCGGUACUCAGCUAUUAUGCGGGUAAAGGACACCGACCGCGUUGGAUUGCAUUUGGCAUAAUGACAAUAGUCGCCUUCUGCUGGCUCACCGCUGCGCCACAUUUCCUCUAUGGCCCCGGCAUAGAUGCGCUUGCGCUGACCACGGAAUUUGGUGGCAUUGCCGAUGGGAACGCAACAUUGGAAGUUUUGGAACAGCAGCGCGCAAAAGCAUUGUGUCGCGAUCGCAGCAAUGAGACCGCUUGUGCGCUAGAGGAGGGCAAUUUAGCACCACAAGCUGUGCUCUUCCUUGCCGAGGUCAUCUCUGGUAUAGGUGGUGCACUUUAUUACACGCUCGGCAUAUCUUAUAUGGAUGAUAAUACAAAGAAGUCCAAAACGCCAGCUUUAUUAAGUUUAUCCUAUUUCUUCCACAUGCUGGGUCCCGCUAUCGGUUACGCCUUGGCCUCAUUCUGUCUGCGUCUCUAUAUCGCACCACAAUUGCGUCCUGUCAUCAAUAACGAUGAUCCACGUUGGUUGGGCGCCUGGUGGAUGGGUUGGCUGUUGCUGGGCUCUGUACUCUUCGUAUGUGGCAUACUCUUUGCUAUGUUGCCAAAAGAAUUGCCACGUGCGAAAGCGCGUCGGCUUGCAGAGGAGCGUAAGCGCGAAGAAUCCAACGCGCUGAAAGCUGAAGCGUCGGUUGAGCUCGAGUCCGAGUUAGAGAAGGCAUCAUUUAGCGAUAUGUUGACCACUUUCAAGCGACUCCUCAAAAAUAAAACGCUCAUGUGUAAUCAUAUCUCUUCAAUAUUCUAUUAUUUUGGUUACACGCCAUACUGGAUAUUUACGCCCAAAUACAUUGAGAUACAAUAUCGGCAAUCGGCGGCAACUUCUAGCAUGGUCACCGGAACUGUUGCAUUGGCCUUCUCCGCUAUUGGCGUCUUACUAUCUGGCUUUGUUUUAUCCAAGUAUAAGCCAAGCGCCCGUUAUAUGGCCGCGUGGAAUGUACUUGUUGGACUGCUUACCGUUGCCGGUUGCAUUGCAUAUGCAUUUAUCGGCUGUCCAGGAAAUGAGCACUCA